AUGAGGACACUUAAGCUUCAGCUCGACUACGUUCUGGCGAGGAACAUUCCUCAGUCAGAUAUCCGAAAAUCUAAUGCUGUUUGGGACAUCGCUUUCGACUCUGACCACCGUCCAGUUCUUCUUAGCUUCAAGAUACGGUUCCACAAGAGAAACCGAGGAGUUCUUCUUCAACCGAAAAUCGACAUGGCAGGUCUGAAAGACGAUGAGUGCAGAAGAAAAUUCCGCCAACGUGUGUCUAUUCAUGUUGAAGUACGGGCCAGAAAGAAGCUUAGCGAUGCGGAUUCCUUCACAAAUUGCAUCCAGGACGCCGCAAGGGAAACGCUCCCGGUUUUAUUGCCGCGGAAGAAGUUUGCCUUAGCAUCUGCGGAAACAAAAUCCACAUACAAUUCUGUAUGUGUCGCGCGCAGCGCUAGUGACUUCAACCAGGAAAAGCGUCUUAGAAGGAAGGUGCGUCGUCAACUGCAACAAGACCGCGAUAACGAGUGGACGUCAAGAGCGAUGGAGUUUGAGAAGGCGUGGGAGGACAGGAACCCGCGGAAAGCCUAUGCUCUACUAAAACAGUAUAGCGGCAAAAUGAAAAGAUGUUCCCCUGUCCUCAACACUGCCAAUGGUGUAGCUGUCGGUGAAGCAACCCUUUCAAUUUGGAAGGAACACUUCAAGACCUUGCUGAAACGGCUAGCACCGUCAGCCCUGAACUCGAACACGUUCAUAGACCGACAUACGCGGUUAACGAGGAGCCACCGACCGUGUCGGAGGUCCUGGUCUGUAUUCAAAAGAUGA